UUACAGAUAAUAAACAAAGAAGAUACACGUCGUCCACAAAGAAAGCCUUCAGAAGGUCAGGCUCGUGCCAAAUUUAAUUUCCAAGCCCAAUCAAGCUUGGAAUUAUCAUUAAAUAAGGGUGAACUGGUAACAUUGACACGUCGGGUGGAUGAUAACUGGUUUGAGGGAAAAAUAGCUAACAGAAAAGGCAUCUUUCCAGUAUCAUAUGUAGAGGUAUUAACUGACAUUGGUGCUGAAGAUAUUGCUGCAAAAACCGUUAUCACAGAACAAAGCGUUACGAAUCUACGCCCUUCAUUGGACACAUUACGCACAAAUAUCAACCAUGAGUUCAAUGUUUUAACACAGAAUGGCAACCAACCACCGAACGGCAUAUUGAAGGAAACCAAGAAUCUACAUAAAACAGAUUUGCUACAUGUGGACACAGUUACCGAACAAUUAAAAUACCGUGCUCUCUACAAAUACCGACCACAAAAUUCCGAUGAACUUGAGCUGUUAGAAGGCGAUAUCGUGCAUGUGCUGGAGAAAUGCGAUGAUGGUUGGUUCGUUGGUACCUCACAGCGAACGGGUUGCUUCGGCACAUUCCCCGGCAAUUAUGUUGAACGCCUCUAACCACAAAUAAGAAAUUUGUUGAAGGUUUUGUUGUUGCGUGAAGGAUCUUAUCUUCCACAUAUAUAAUGUUUAUAUUUAAUGAGAGAAAACAAAAUUAGUUUAAACACGAAAUAAUAUUAUUAAUGCUUAUAUUUUUGUUGUUGUUAAAACUUUAAUUAAAUUUGUAUAUUAUUUUUAAAAAUUAUUUAUUUAAACACGUUAAUGCUGAUAUAAUGAUAUUUUAACCCAGAUAAAUACUGAGAACUGCUACCGAAGUAGAAACACGUACAAAGUAAAUAUUUAUGGCUAAAAAUCUCCAAGCGAAUGUUAAUACAUAACUAGUCAAAGCUAUUCCCAAAUAUAACGUACCAUACGUGAAUGCAAAAAAAUAAAUUAUUAUUUAAAUAUUUUGAAUCAAAUUUUGAAAGAGAGAUUCACUAAAUAAAAAGCAUGAAAACAUAUUGAAAAACAAAAAUCAAGAAAUUGUUUACAUACAACUGAACUUGUGAAAAAUGAUUGCCAAUGCAGCUUAUGCCUAAAAAUGAUGCCAAUUAUAUAAUCUUGAUUAUAUAAAUAUAUAUAUAUUUAAUUCAUAAUAUAUAUAAUAAAUGUGUAUGUUUGUGCGAAAUACUUGAUAUUAUUUUAAAAUGCCUUUAACAGCAAACGAAUAUCUAUUACAGUGCCUUUCAAACUUUACUUAAAAUUGUUAUUUUUCACUCAAAUUACAAAAUUUUAUUGGCAUUACUAACAUUUCAUGGAAUAACAUUAAAACUGUUUAAAAAAUAUAUAAAAUAAAAAUUAUUUAUAAAA